AUGGAAGAUGCGAUUGUUCCCCAGGAAGUUGUGGGCAGGCACAAUGAUGUGCUACCUUUCUCAUUGCCUUGCGCAGUGCCUAAGAACCAAGGCAGCCUUGAUGUUCCUCACACAGCCAAGGGUUUGGAAGGCACCAGACGUAUGGAAGCUGGAGACGCGUACUCCCCUCCUAGCCCCAGGUCCUCCGGCUCAACCGUCACCAUGAAGGCCUUCCUGGGCCUCAUCACCGCAUUUGUGAUCGCGCAGCUGGUCGGGACCGCCAUGUUUGGCUUGUAUCUGCACAUGAAGUUGGACAAGGUGGGAGAGGAAAUGAGUUUAGGAGAAGACGUUCUGUUUCUCCGAAGAUUGCAGAAGUGCCGGAAACCGCAAGAUGGUGGAGCAACCCUCCUGGAUUGUGCAAAGGUUUUGAAAAGCUUCCAGGAUCUGCAGGAUCUAGCGAGCAAGGUUCCCCAAGAAAGUGCUCUUGCCAUGCAAAAAGGUGACAAGAGGCCCUCCGCAACCAUUCACCUGGCAGGUUGGAAGGACAGCAACAAAGUUUUGCAAUGGAAGAAGACCAUCUACGCCCCAACGGAUGACACAUUUUCUUACCAAGAUGGAAAACUUACCAUAAUCCGAGGAGGGCGAUACUAUAUCUACUCCCAGGUGGCCUUUUGCGCCAACCCGGUGCCCCAUGUGCCGUUCAGUGUCAACCUGUACCUUCACUUGCCGUCUGAACGUGAUAAGCUCCUACUGAAAGGCGUGGGGACUCAAGGCGGAACGAACGACAUUUGCGGCUUGCAGUCCAUUCACCUCGGGAGAGCCGUCGAACUCCAGCCGGGACACGCCAUCUUUGUGAAUGUGACGGACUCUUCUAGAGUGAACUACAACCACGAAAACACGUACUUUGGCAUGUUCGAACUCUCCUAGGAGGAGUGGCCUCGCUUUGCUGAGCAAAGCCAUGUCCCCUACCCCAAAUAAUAUUUAUAACUUCCUCCCUUCUUCUUCAUUGUAUAUUUUAUUUUAUUUAUUCAUGUUAAUCCUGGGAGCUAAAAUGUAAUGCCGCGACACCAUACCACUCCAAA